CCAAAAAUCCAUCGAGAGCAAGGUGCAGUGCAAAGUGUCACUUAGCUAAGCUUAACUAAGAUGGCGAGCGCAAGAGCAGCCGCCACCAUGGCGAUCUUCCUCCUGGCCGCGCUCUCCGCCGCCCGCCUCGCCGCCUCCCUCCGCCCCGGCGCCGGCGCCGGCGCCGUCGGCGUGUGCCGCGCCAGCGGUUACCUCCCGGGGAAGUCCGGCAACUGCGAGAGGAGCAACGACCCGGACUGCUGCGAGGACGGCAAGAGGUACCCGCAGUACCGGUGCUCGCCGCCGGUGACGGCCAGCACCGGCGCCGUGCUGACGCUCAACAGCUUCAAGAAGGGAAAGGACGGCGGGGGGCCGUCGGAGUGCGACAACGCGUACCACUCCGACGGCGAGAUGGUGGUGGCGCUGUCGACGGGGUGGUUCGCCGGCAUGGCGCGGUGCGGCCGCCGGGUGAGGAUCGCCGCGGCCAACGGGAGGACGGCGUACGCCAAGGUGGUCGACGAGUGCGACUCCGUGCACGGCUGCGACGACGAGCACAACUUCGAGCCGCCCUGCGGCAACAACGUCGUCGACGCCUCGCCGGCGGUGUGGGACGCCCUCGGCCUCGACAGGAGCGCCGGGAUGGAGCACAUCACCUGGUCUGACGACGAGUGACCUACCACCACUGUUGCAUGGCGACCCACCACCAUGUUUAUACGCUCGAGUGUUUCACAUUGUUCACGUUGCCAAUGCCGGUAUAUAGGGUCUGCCUAUCAAUAAAAUGUUUAAAAAUUU